AUGUCCGAUCAAAGUAUUGAGAAUAACGGCGCGAAUGGGACUGGAACCCCGGGUGAAGAGGCCACGCCCGGCAGGUGUUUCUCGGCACAGCAGCGAGAACCCGGUCGUCACCCUGCUACUGCGAGGAAGACAUGGAGUAAAGACAUCGACAAAGUCAUAAUGGAGUGUUUCUAUAGAAGUAAUCCUUUUGAUGAGAACGGGAAACCCAUCAGAGGCUACAGACAACGCAUGUUUAGAGAAUGGAGGGAAAGAGGAAAGUUUGGAACAACGGGGCAGCGAAUAUGUGAUCAAGCAAGAACAAGAAGGAAAAAUGGAUGGUUGUCAGAACUUGAGUUGGAGGAAAUAAAAAGAAAGGUGGAUGCUGAAGUUUUAGGAAAUGAAGAAGAGCUGCUACAGGUAGAUGAAGAAGAAAACAAUAAUGAAGAGUACGAUGCAAUGGAGGAGGCAAGAAAGGGGGAGGAGCCAAGGCACGAAGUGGUUGAAAAUGAGGUAGAAACAGAGGAGAGAUUGACAGAAGCAAGUGAUGAAACAAAAGAUAAUGCGGAAAGGCUAAAAGCGAUACUAGUAGAAGGAAAGAGAAGUGAUGGAAUCAUGUUCAAAAAGUUAGAUAGAAAAGCUCUUAAAAUUCAGGUUGACACAGUAAAUGAAGCAAUAAAGUACAUGAAGUGCAGGAACAUCACAGAAACAAACAAUCUGAUCUUAGCUGAAAGUGUAUGGGUUGCAGAGAAAUUUGGGUUGAAAACAGGUGCUCGACAGAAACGAAAUGAACCGUGGUGGAAACGGAGAAUAGAGGGUGAUAUAAGGAAAUUGAGACAUGAUGUUAACUUGCUGGAAAUAGGACUGAAAGGACAAUUAGAUGUGAAGAAGACACAGAAAAUCAAACAACUAAAUGAAAAGUACAGGGUGAACAGAAAGGGGAUAAAAACUGCAAUAGAAGAAUCAAAACAAAGAAUGGUGACAAAAAGUGGAAAACUGAAGAGAUACGAAUACAGAAUUGAACAGUUUAGGCAAAAUAGGAUGUUUGGUUUGAAUCAGAAGUUCUAUGACGAACUUAACAAAAGUUCCAAUUUUUCAAACGAGAUACCGAAUGCGGAAGAGUGUACAAAAUUCUGGGGUGACAUUUGGAGUGUGGAGAAGGAGCACAAUAGAGCUGCUGUGUGGCUGAAAGAGUUGAAGAAAGAAACAGAUCGUGAUGUGAAACACACGCAAGACACGGCGAAAAUUAACACAGAGAAAGUUAAAAAGCAAAGUAGGAAACUUCCGAAUUGGAGAGCACCAGGACCAGAUGGAGUACAGGGACAUUGGCUAAAACACUUCACCGCUCUUCAUGAGAGAAUCGCAUCCCAACCUGAUGGUAUGUUAACAGAAGAGGAGGUCCUUCAACGGACAACACAUGGUCGAACAGUGCUUUGUCAAAAGGAUCCACAGAAAGGCACAGCGGUUGAUAAUUUUCGACCUAGUACCCGCCUUCCAUUAAUGUGGAAACUUUUGACGGGCAUUGUAGCGGAUGAAAUGUACCAAUAUCUAGAACAGAGCAAUAUAUUACCAGAUGAACAGAAAGGAUGUAGGCGAAGAAGCAGGGACACCAAAGAUCAACUACUCAUUGAUAGAGAUUUGACGGCGGCUUAUGAAUGGGGAAAGAAGGAAUACAAGGUCAACCAUUUAUUGUUUAUGGACGACCUGAAGUUAUACGUCAAGACUGAAGAUCAGAUGAGUAUGUUAGUUAGAACCGAUUAUAUGUUCAACAAUGAUAUUGGUAUGGAAUUUGGGAAAGAUUGUUAG